GUGUCUGUGUGAGUCUGUGUGUGUGAGUGAGAAAGAGAGAGAGUGAGUGAGCCAGUGUGUGUGUGUGGGCAUGUGUGUGACUGUAUGUGUGAGUGAGAAAGAGAGAGAGUGAGUGAGCCAGUGUGUGUGUGUGGGCAUGUGUGUGACUGUAUGUGUGAGUGAGAAAGAGAGAGAGUGAGUGAGCCAGUGUGUGUGUGUGGGCAUGUGUGUGACUGUAUGUGUGAGUGAGAAAGAGAGAGUGGAGUGAGCCAGUGUGUGUGUGUGGGCAUGUGUGUGACUGUAUGUGUGAGUGAGAAAGAGAGAGAGUGAGUGAGCCAGUGUGUGUGUGUGGGCAUGUGUGUGACUGUAUGUGUGAGUGAGAAAGAGAGAGAGUGAGUGAGCCAGUGUGUGUGUGUGGGCAUGUGUGUGACUGUAUGUGUGAGUGAGAAAGAGAGAGAGUGAGUGAGCCAGUGUGUGUGUGGGCAUGUGUGUGACUGUAUGUGUGAGUGAGUUAGAGAGCUAGUGAGUGAGAGAGUAGAGAGAGAGAGAGAGAGAGUUAGCAUGAUUUGUUUGCUGAUCAGAGCCAAUAGAAAGCUUGCAGUGUGAUAAGAUCCACAUGCGAGUGACGGAGAGCAGCCAGAAACCAGAGUUCAAACAGAGAGAGAGAGGGGGGGGAGAGAGCGAGAGAGAGAGCGCGCGCGCGCGAGAGAGAGAGAUUUAUAGUCACAUGGAGAAAUCGGCAUCAAAGUGUCUGUAGAUCAGUCUGAGAGUCUAACAGGAACACACUCUCCUGUUCUCCAGACACGUCCUGAGGAUCCCGUCCGGCUUCAUGUCCACAUCUGCAGCACCUGAGAAUACAUCUGGAAUACUGAGCGCACACACGGAGCGUCAGGAUGAGCUGUAAUGUUGCACUUUGGCUGCUGAUCGCCAGCGUGCUGUGCGGCGUAUGCGACAGCCGUAAGAGCCGCCCGCAGGGCUCCAUCCCCUCGCCGAACAAAACCAACGCAAACACCUCGGACCGCAGUGCUCGCAAACAGGAAGUGCUGGCCUCCAGCCAGGAAGCUCUGGUGGUGACAGAGAGGAAGUACCUGAAGAGCGACUGGUGUAAAACUCAACCGCUGCGACAGACGGUCAGUCAGGAGGGCUGCAAGAGUCGUACGGUCAUCAACCGCUUCUGCUACGGCCAGUGCAACUCGUUCUACAUCCCGCGACACGUCAAGAAAGAGCAGGAGUCGUUCCAGUCGUGUGCGUUCUGCAGGCCGCACCGCUUCACCACGCUCACGGUGGAGCUCGACUGUCCGGACCUGCAACCGCCCGUCCGUUACCGCAAGAUCCAGCGAGUAAAACAGUGCCGCUGCAUGUCCGUGAGCGUCGCCGAGUCUGGAAAACAAUGAGACGACAGUGAGACGCCCGACACCGAGGAGGCCCACGGACACCUUCAAGACUGUUUGUACCAAAACUGGGACUGACCAGCUUCCAUCUUCAGGUUGUCCUGAGCACAUCAGCUGCCUUGAGAGGCGACUUACAACUGAACAGAGUAACGAGUAACACGAAAUGCCCAAACCAUGACACCUACAGAGUGGCACAACUGUGAGACUUCUUACAAGUGUGCGUUACUGUGUGGAAACCGGACUGUCCGCUGAUUUCUCGCCGAACUUUAAGCUGUGCCUCUGCAGACACGCGACACAUGGAACUGAAACAGACUUGACGCGAGCGCUGCAUCUGCUUGUGUGAUGCUUAAAUGAUAGUCAUGUGUAACUACACAGAGUAUAGAGAUGCUAUAGAACUAUGGUACAUGUAUAUAUCUAGAGAAAGAAGUCUAUAUUAAAACUAUUUCUAGUAAAGUCUCGUUCUCUUGUUAAAUGGGAGGGGAAGCUGAGGAACUGUUGAUAAUGGUGGACCAAUGUGGGGUUUCAUUGGCUGAUGUUGAUAUCUAGAGACCAAGAUGGCUGACAGAGUAACGCUUAAACUUUCUCAAACUAUUUUAGAGAUUGUUUCUAUGCUGAUACGGCUUUCGAUAGAUUUAGGAUGUGAAAUAAACGGUGACCAACUGAACAAUCCCAACAUGCAUCAGAUGAUUAAUCGGUCUCCCGAUGAUUUUCUCCAUAACGGAUUGAAAUGUUGUGCAGGACGGAAACGGAAACAAAGUCCCAUCCAAUUGUUCUAGAAUGAAAACGUU